UAUUCCCUUGCUUGGAGGAAAAGCCACGGAUUGGAAUUAUCGAGCGGCAAAGUCAAAGUCAACCCGAACCCGGGAAUAAGCGUUCGUCGUCUCUGUUUUACUUGGCAUUGAGCAGGGAAGAAAGGUAUCGUGUCGUAAAGCUCAGAGCUUGGUAUCGGCGAAGAUGGCCGGAGUAGAGAUGCUGCCGAGGGAGUACGGCUACGUGGCGCUGGUGCUCAUCCUCUACUGCUUCCUCAACUUCUGGAUGUCCUUUCAAGUUGGCAAGGCUCGCAAGAAGUACAAGGUUUUCUAUCCCACCCUCUAUGCCACCGAAUCUGAGAACAAGGAUGCGAAGCUCUUCAACUGCGUUCAGAGAGGACACCAGAACUCGCUGGAGAUGAUGCCCACAUUCUUCAUGCUCAUGAUCCUCGGAGGCAUCAGGCAUCCCUGCAUCUGCACUGGGCUCGGCUGCCUUUAUAUCGUGUCCCGCUUCUUCUACUUCAAGGGCUACUCGACUGGUGAUCCGGAAAACCGCCUUAAGAUUGGGAAGUAUGGAUUCUUGGCAUUGCUCGGACUUAUGGGCUGUACCAUCUCCUUUGGAAUCAGCCUUCUUUGUGGAUGAGCAUCGGAGCCCGGAGAGGAAGCAUUCGGUUUUCACUAGUCCGGCCUUUUGGUAAUCUUGUUUCCAUCUUGGAUAAUGUUUUUCGUCGCCCUUUUCCUUGGGAGUUUGCUUAUGGUUUGGGGGUGAACUGAGAGUUAACAUACUCUAGUUUGUAGAAGGCUUUGAUCAAAUAAGUGAAAUCAGCACUUUUGUAACAUUUCUGUUGUUUCUCUUCCUUUAUUGCUGUGCUUCUCUUCC